CAGUAACGUGUGGUGAUGCUGAUUCGAUGAUGCGGGGAGACCUUGAAGCUCUCACAGUUAUGAAUUACAGGAUAAAAAGGGAACAAGCCAGUGUGUCUCUUGGCGCUUCUCUUUUUAGAAAGCAGCCCGUCAGUGAAUUGGUAGCGUACUCGUGAUCAUAAAGCAGCCGACCGGUAGCACGAAGGAAGACCUGUCACAUUCUCUCCCAUGGUGAUCCCAGAAAUCUGAGAAACCACCUAACCUAAACAUAGCGACCCACCACGCUUCACCGGUUUAUUUACGAACGCGAGAACUCGAUGGAAAUCCUGCCAUCGGCCCUGUUCCCUCACUGGCACUAUUUCGAAAGAUUGGACAUAUUAAAAGAUUAGAUUUCAGUUCACGUGCACGUUCCGUGCCAUGUGUACCACCGGUAGUACACGUUAAACUUGAUCUUCAGGCACCAUAUUUCUAA